AGCCGAGGUCGCCGCGCCGCCGCCACCCAGGAGCUGUCGUCUCCGCCCCUAUCCUAGCCGAGUAUUCAAACUUCCCGCACCCCUGCCACCUCAGCGCCCGCCCCGCAGCCCCCGUAGCCCGCGCAGGAGUCAGGCACUCACUCUUAGGCGUCCGGACGCCGAGGCACCGCGGAGAGGAGGAAGGCAAGGAGGCGGGCGCCGCGUCGGCCCUGAGGAGGGGCCGGAGCGGGUUGGAGGGGAAAAAGUGUAUCUUCUGGUCACCAAUGUGAAUUGUGGACUGCAGAUAUAUAGAGAAAGCAGAUUGCACAGAUAUGAAUAUUAUCACGAGGAUCUGAAGAUUCUACAAAGUGCUCUUCAGGCUUGUCAUGGAUUUUUCUGAAGAAAAGAAUCUGUAAAAUUAUGUGAAUAGAGAUUGUUUUUCAAAGCCAUGGGGGAAAGAGAAAGAAGUCCAGAUACUGAUCAAGAAAGUAAGGCAGGCAAGUACUAUUACUCUUAUUGUUCAUCUGACUUUGGAACUACACCACAGUCUUCUGGCCGAUCAUCUCUGGUCCAUCCCUCCUCACCAAGGAGUAUUAAUGAAAAAAGUGCUGAAAAACAAAUUUCAGACAACCAAGGGCAUCAUCAAGCCCUUAGGAAACCAAGCCCUAAGGGUCCACCAAACAGAAAGGGAGUCCGAGUGGCGUUUCGCUCCCAGAGCCUCAGUAGGGAGCCACUUCGGAAAGAUACCGAUCUUGUUACAAAACGGAUUCUUUCUUCAAGACUGCUAAAAAUCAGUGAAUUGCAGAACGAAGUGACUGAACUCCAGGUCAAGUUAGCUGAGCUGCUAAAAGAAAACAAGGCUUUGAAAAGGCUUCAGUACAGACAGGAGAAAGCCCUGAAUAAGUUUGAAGAUACGGAAAAUGAAAUCUCACAACUUAUUGCUCGUCAUAACAAUGAGAUUACAGCACUCAAAGAACGCUUAAGAAAAUCUCAAGAGAAAGAACGGGCAACUGAGAAAAAGGUGAAAGAUACAGAAGGUGAACUAUUAAGGACAAAAUUUUCCUUACAGAAACUGAAAAAGAUCUCUGAAGCCAGACACCUACCUGAACGGGAUGAUUUAGCAAAGAAACUCAUUUCAGCAGAGUUAAAAUUAGAUGACACUGAAAGAAGAAUUAAGGAACUAUCGAGAAACCUUGAGCUAAGUACUAACAGUUUCCAACGACAGUUACUUGCUGAAAGGAAAAGGGCAUAUGAGGCUCAUGAUGAAAAUAAAAUUCUUCAAAAGGAGGUACAACGACUGUAUGACAAAUUAAAGGAAAAGGAGAGAGAACUGGACAUAAAAAAUAUAUAUUCUAAUCGUCUGCCAAAGUCUUCUCCAAAGAAAGAAAAAGAACUUACAUCAAGAAAAAAUGCUGCAUGCCAGAGUGAUUUUACAAACCAGUGUACAAAAGGAGUACAAACCAGUGAAGACUUCGAGCUGGAGAAAUAUCCUAUAACCCCACAAACAGUUAUGUGUUAUGAAAACAAAUGGGAAGAACCUGAACGUCCUUCUUUGUAUCUGGAAUCUCAAGAGAGAGAAGAUCAUGAAGAAGCAGGGAUUCUAAACCCAAUUGUGGAAAGAGAAGACAAAUUUGUUAAAGGUCAAGGACUCUAUGCUGUGAAACAAGAGGUUGAGAAGCUGGAGGAUGAGUGGGAAAGAGAACUUGUUAAAAAGCAAAAGGAAAAAAAGACAUCUUUGCUAGAGAGAGAAGAAAAGCCAGCAUUGGAAACUGGAAGAUACCAAAUGGAAACAUACCAAAUUCAAGAUAUUGAUAAAUUGGAAGAAGAGGAAGAAGAAAGGCUGAAGAGAGAAAUGCUACUUGCUAAACUGAAUGAAAUCAGCAAAGAACUCCAAGAUUCUCAGAAUGUAAAAUGUCUUUCUCUCCCAUUGCUUCCUGAUUGGGAGUCAAAACUGCACUCCCCAGAGAGAAGCCACAAAACAUACACGUUUUCUGACUCCCCAGAAAGAUUAUUUAAUGGGCAUCAUUUGCAAGACAUCAGUCUUUUAACUACCAAAGGAGAUGGUCAAAAUCUAUCUCCUCUCAAAAGCCCAGUCUCUCCAAAUGAGCUUGCAUUUGGGAGCUAUGUGCCUUCGUUUGCAAAAACAUCAGGGAAGUCAAAUCCAUCUAGCCAGAAGAGUGGCCUUUUUGAUUUCCAAAAAAACAAUAUAGAGAAAUUUAGUAAAGACAGUGUAGAUUUGAUCACAAGGAAAGAGAAAAAAGCUAAUCUGAUGGAACAACUAUUUGGUACCAGUGGCAGUACCACCAUUUCCUCUAAAAGCAGUGACCCAAAUUCUCUGGCUGCCAGCAAAGAAGACUUUGACCCUCUAAAUUUUCUCCCUGGGGAUAAAAGCAGCGGGGUUAGAGAACAUGAUGAUGAAGAUGAAUUUUUCCUCAGCGAAGGAAGGAGUUUUAAUUCAAACAGACACCGAUUAAAACAUGCAAACAGUAAACCAGCAGUAAAAGCAGUUGAUUCUGUAGAAGAUGAAAUUGAAGAAGUGCUACUGAGAUGACUGACCAGAGUGUACGUUUUUUCCAAUUGUAAAUAUGGAAAUAUUUAAUCCAGAAUUUAUUAUAAACAUUUACAAGUUUCAAUAGUGUAAAGUCCUUAUUAAGGAAUAAUUUUUAAUAUAUAAAUACAAUGGAAAUAAAAAGAAGUAUCAUAUCACAGUUCAUAGCUAGUUUGCCAAAAAUGAAGGAUGCUCUUUUGAAUGAAACCAGAAAUAGAGAUAUAUCUCACUUGGUUUGACUUUUUAUUUACAAAUAGGUUUUACCUCUAAAACAGCUCUAUGGGGAGUUUUAUUCCAUUGGAGUACAUACUCAUUUUCUACUUGUAUCCCUGUUUAUUUAUGUAUUUAUUUUUGGUCCUGUCCUCACUGAGCUAAAUACAAUCCUCCCACUGAUUGUUGAAUGGCAAUGAAAAGUGAGAGGCUCUGUUGGGAAGUGUAGCUCCCAAGAGGUGGAGAACCAGUGUUGCCAGGAGCCCUGUCCUCUGUGAAUAGGGAUGGGAGUCCCUUUCUUACAUGGCGAGGCUCAGCUACUCCUAAGUAGAAACCGUGACAACACGGGCAUUUCCCAUUCCUCUGGAUGUAACCACAGUUAAAUGCUACUCAUUUCCCAAUUACAAGUCUCGUUAAAUCACUUACCCACAGCUGUGCUAACACAUGAGGCUGAAUUCAGAAGACGCUUGUUUGCACGGACAGCUCCCUGUCCUGGCUCCCUGAGGCUUGCAAGCAGUGUGAUCAGUAAUUCCCCUUCCUGUUCUCCUACACUUUUGUUAUGUCAGAGACUGGAUGUGAGAUUUCAUACCAAAUACGUGGAAUUGAAGAAAUUCCGUCCUAGUAUAGCAUGAUUUUCAACUCAGUUAUGUUUCCAGAGUAAUGUAACUUGGAAAUUUAAAAAAUGUACUUUUAGUAUUUGAACUUCCUCUCAAACCAAAGAGACAAUGGUAGUGUAAUACCCUUGGACUUACAGGACUAAUUGUAAAGCAGCCUUGGUUGAAGGUGUUUUAAAAGAUGAGGCGCCUGCCUUGCUGAGUAGGGUGGAUGGUUUUUGGUUGAAAAGUGUUUGGUGUUUUGCUGUUUUUUGCUCACUUCAUCUGCAAAGGAGUUGAUGACCUUGGAUUAUGUUGGGCGUGAUUGGUCUUCAAGAAGCAGUAAUACACCACCAACCAAAGAGAAAAAACAUGGUUCAAAUGAAGAGUGGUGGAAAUAGGAAUAAACAAAUGUUGAUUGGCACUUAUUCUGAAGUGACCCGUUGGUUUCAAGAAUUUACUAUGUAUUUGCUCUUAGUAUGUUUUCUGAUGUCAAGCAUAUGUACUGAUGAGGGGGCUAGAGUUACUGUUUCCUUAUGAAUGCUUAUUAUUGAAUGUAAUUUCGUAAUUAUUUCAUAAGACUUAACCUGGUUAGGUCUCUAAUUAAAAGAUGUACCACCUAGCAUUUUUUAAUUGUGUUCCUGUUAUUUAUUGGGAACUGAAUCUCCCAAGAGUGCUAAACUAUAUUAAAUUUUUUAAAUAAAGAGAUUUUUUAUAACUGAUAUAAAUAAGCAUUUAGUAUGUUGUAAAUCAUUCUAAUAUAUGUAAACCACAUUACUGUAAUACAGUUCUUGAUAAAAUACUAUUAUGUAAUGGUAAUUUUGUUCAUAAUUGCUAAUCUUUCUGCCAAAAGUAUUCUGAUUUUUAGGUUUUGUUUUAAAGGGUUUUUAAAAAGUAUCAGGAAAGUUUUAUAUUCAGGUCAUUUUAAUUAGUCUCUUGCUUUUUUAUACCUGAUGUUUUCUAGUCUCAGAUGCAAUAAGACAGAAUUAUUGAAAUUAAACCUAAAAUUGUUAUAGACUUAGAAGCAUUAUAGUGUUAAGCAUUAAAAUUGGAGAUUAAAAUGUGCAGAACAAGUUUUGAACAAACCUUAGAGAGUGAUUAACUUUUUCCCUAAUGUAAAGUUAAAUUUAUUUGUACUCAGAACUCUUAUUAAUAAAAGUUUAAAACACA